AUCUGACAUUUGCAAAAGGUUAGAAACGAUUGAGUAAUAAUUUAUUGCGAGAAAUGCUUUAAAUUCUCUAGAAACUAUUUAAAUCAAUAACAAAAUCAAGAUAAUUUAUUAAUAAAGUUAAUAAAUAUUGGUAAAUUGCUGUAGUUGUAACAAAUAUGGCAAAAUAUUUGGCGCAAAUCAUUGUUUUGGGUACACAGGCGAUUGGACGUGCCUUUGCCAAGGCAUUGAAACAAGAAAUUGCAGCCUCUCAAGAGGCUGCACGCCGAGCCGGUGGUGGCCGUCAGGGUGAGAAAAGGGCAGAAGCCAAUGCCCGAUCAGGCAUGACUUUGGAAGAAGCUAAACAAAUAUUGAAUGUCGAUGAUUUAAAGAAUUUGGAAGACGUCAACAAAAAGUACCAACAUUUAUUCGAUGUCAAUGACAAAGCAAAAGGUGGUUCCUUUUAUCUGCAAUCCAAGGUAUUCCGCGCCAAAGAACGUAUCGAUGAUGAACUCAAAGAGACUUUGAAAUCCGCAAAAACAUCAACGUCCGCGACAGAGGAUGCAACAGGGCCGGGUGACAAGCAACGAUGAUGAGUUAAGUCUGUGGUUGGGGUGACUGUUUAGACAUUUAUAGAUGACUAGUAGAUGAACGUUUAAAAUACGCUUUAGUUUUAUGAAACAAAUUUAAUUUGCUCCUAAUGUUAUCGACCGAGCGAACGAAAACGUUAUUUAAGUUUAAAUGCUGUCGUUUCCUUGAAACCAACUACCUACUUAAAUAUUUUCGAGCAUCUAUUAGAUGCAUGACAACCUGUUUAAGUGAAUUGUGAACUUUUGUUUUCGCAAUGUGUUUUAAUGUGUAUAAAUAAGGUUCCUUUCCUUCUUCAUAUUCCUUCAAGAACAAAACAAUUUGUACUACGAUUUUAGUUAUAAAAAUGAGAAUUAUUGUUAAAACGAAAUGAAAGUUAUUAACAGAAAAUAUAAGAAAUAAAAAAAAAAU